AUGUUCUCCUGCCACUCUUUCCUGCUCCUGCUGCUCAAUGUCUGCAGUCUGACUGCUCCCUCAUUGGCUCUACCCUUUGAGCAGAGAGGAUUCUGGGACUUUGCUAUGGAUGGAGAAGUGGGGGAUCUGAUGACGGUAAUGAUGAGAGAUGAGGAGGGUUCAGCUGUGGAGGAGCUGCCGCCAGAUGUGUCUUCAUGCCCCUUUGGUUGCCAUUGUCAGCUCAAUGUGGUGCAGUGCUCAGAUCUAAGUUUGACUGUAGUGCCAAAGGAAAUUCCCAGAGACACCAAACUCCUGGACCUGCAGAACAACCGCAUUACAGAACUGAAGGAGAAUGACUUCAAAGGACUUACAUACCUCUAUGCUCUGUCACUGGUCAACAACAAGAUCUCCAAAGUCCACCCUCAAACCUUCGCACCCCUCUUACACUUAAAAAAGCUGUAUUUUUCCCAUAACCUCCUGACAGUGGUACCCAAGAACCUUCCCCCAUCCCUGGUGGAGCUGCGCAUUCAUGACAACCGUAUUAAGAGGGUUGCAGAAGGAACGUUCUCUGGUCUGGGCAGCAUGAACUGCAUUGAGAUGGGCGGAAACCCUAUUCAGAACAGCGGCUUUGAGCCUGGCGCUUUUAAAGGCCUGAAACUCAACUACCUGCGAAUCUCCGAGUCCAACCUCACUGGAAUACCAAAAGACUUCCCUGACAGUCUUCACGAGCUCCACUUGGACAAUAACCAGAUCCAGGCCAUUGAACUAGAGGACCUGAGCCGCUAUAAACACCUGUACAGAUUGGGUCUGGGUUUCAACCACAUCCGGAUGAUUGAGAACGGCAGCCUAUCAUACGUCCCUAAUCUCAGGGAGCUGCAUUUGGAAAACAACCGGCUUACCCGCGUCCCCAGGGGUCUGCCAGACAUGAAGUACCUGCAGGUGGUCUACCUUCAUUCCAACAACAUAAGUCGAGUGGAUGUUAAUGACUUCUGUCCUCAGCGUUACGGCAUGAAGAGGAGCUUCUACAAUGGCAUUAGCCUCUAUGGCAACCUGGUUAACUACUGGGAGGUACAGCCUGCCACUUUUCGCUGCGUUGGAGACCGACUGGCCAUUCAGUUUGGAAACUAUAAGAAGUAGAGAAUGGACGAAAAGAGAGAAUUGAGGACAAAUAACAAUGCUGGAAUUGAAACAGAACAAAAAACUGGGCCAAAAUGGUGUAAACAAACAGUGUUUGCAAAUCAUUUUUAUUAUGUAUCUUUAGAUGUAUUUGUUUAUGAAGUCUAAAGGUUCACAACAAGUAUGUAAACUAUAACGAUAAAGAUAUCGUUUUAAAAAUGAAAUGAAAGAAUAAAAUGAAAAGUAUAGCACAGUCCACACCACGACUAUAUCGAUAAUUUUUGUUGGAAUCACUAUCAGGACGAUUUUAUUCAGCAGAUGAGUGAUAAAAACAUUGACAGCCAAUCAGAAUCCAAAUUUGAAAGAGCUCAAGCAUUUAAAGGGGCAGCAUCCAUAUCAUAAACAGAAUGUUAUCAUUUUUUUUGGUGUGAAUGCUAAUAAAGUUAUUGUUAUCUUUAUAGUUAUCAGUCUUAAGGCGAAAUAAAAAUAAGAAACUUCAAAAAGAAAUUGGAUUUCUUACAACUUUUACUUUUUAAGGGCUAUUUGUUUGCUUGACACUUUUAUAAUAUUAUUGAUAUGUACUGUUAUAUUGUUAUUAUUUUAUAUUAGUUCAUGUUGUUGUUUUUUAACAGUGAAGUCUGGUUGAAAUGGGAAGGUUAAAUCUAGAUGUUAAAUCCAUGGUGCUUAUAAUAAGUGUAUUGUUGGUAAAAAUUGUAGCUUGCUUUUUUCUCAUUUUUUUGCCUCGCUUCCUUGCUUUAGGGGUUUUAUUGUUGUGGGAGUACUUUGGAGUAAUGGAGGAAUUUUACACAGACACAAUAUAAUUAUGUUGUCGAGUUUCAAUAAAAUAUCUUUUAGCUUGACUUCAGGAGCAGAAGUGGUGUACCAUCAUGGUUUGAAAGCUGUGACUAAUAAAACUUGAGUUAACAUGAGUUUGAGUUCGGUGAAAUGAAACAUUUGUAGUGCUCUUCUUGUUAAACAAUAAUGUCUCGUCUUUUCUCAAUAAAGCCAAAUAUUGAUUGAUUACAUUAUCAAGCACAA